AUGGCCGAAGGUAAUGGUGAGGUUGUAGAAGAGAUGGCAAAUCAAAAAUCUGGCGAGGGUGGCGACGGCGAACGAACGCAAGACUACUCAAAGCUGCUGGAAUAUGGAUUACACGUCAUGGUUGCCGGUCGGUUGGAUGCCAUCUACAAAACGGGCAAACUUGCCCAUUCGGAACUAGACGAGAGGGCGCUGGAUGCGCUGAAGGAAUUCCAUGUGGAAGGUGCCUUGGAUGUACUGGACCAGUUCCUAGACUCGAACCUCGAACAUGUGUCGAACAAAUCGGCGUUCCUCUGCGGUGUUAUGAAAACGUACAGACAAAAAGUUCGGGCCACGCAACAAGGACAACCGGCACCUGCAGUCACAGUACAAGCGAAAGGGCCCGAUGAGGAGAAAAUUAAAGCAAUUCUAGAGCGAACAGGAUACACAUUGGACGUCACCACAGGGCAACGCAAAUAUGGUGGCCCACCGCCGAACUGGACGGGCAACACGCCCGGGAACGGUUGCGAAGUCUUCUGUGGCAAAAUACCAAAAGAUAUGUACGAGGACGAGCUGAUCCCGCUGUUUGAAAAGUGCGGCAAAAUCUGGGACCUUCGGCUAAUGAUGGACCCGAUGACCGGCACCAACCGGGGUUACGCCUUCGUUACCUUCACCUCACGGGACGCGGCCUCGAACGCCGUACGGGAGCUGAAUGAUUAUGAAAUUCGGAAUGGCAAAAAGAUUGGUGUAACGAUAUCGUUUAACAAUCACCGACUGUUUGUCGGCAAUAUUCCUAAGAAUAGAGAUCGCGAUGAGUUGUUAGAGGAAUUUGCGAAACAUGCACCGGGACUUGUGGAGGUAAUUAUUUAUAGCUCACCAGACGACAAGAAAAAGAAUCGGGGCUUUUGCUUCCUCGAGUACGAAUCACACAAGGCAGCCUCUUUGGCGAAGCGGCGACUAGGCACCGGACGGAUAAAGGUAUGGAAUUGUGAUAUAAUAGUAGACUGGGCCGACCCACAGGAGGAACCGGACGAACAAACGAUGAGCAAGGUCAAAGUAUUAUACGUACGAAACCUAACACAAGACACGAGCGAAGAAAAACUGAAGGAAAGUUUCGAACAGUUCGGCCGUGUUGAGCGAGUGAAGAAGAUUAAAGACUACGCAUUUGUUCACUUCGAGGAUCGCGACAAUGCCGUGAAAGCAAUGAAGGAUCUGGAUGGCAAAGAGAUCGGUGGAUCCAACAUAGAAGUAUCGCUAGCUAAACCCCCGUCCGACAAAAAGAAGAAGGAAGAAAUACUACGAGCUCGUGAAAGGCGCAUGACUCAGUUUCUGCAAACUAGAAUAGGCUUGGUGAAUACGGUUCCAUCGUUUCCCAGCAUGUCGCCGCAGCACGCCGGCAUGAUGCCCGGUGCGAUGCCACCGAUGCGAGUGCCUAGCGGACCGGGAGGUCCGCGUGCUCCGAUGCGGGGCGGCCCGAUGGGCGGCCGGGGCGAGUACGAACACGACUACGAUACGUACGGGUACGCGGAUUACACGCACCGGAGCAUGGGAUCCUCCGGGUAUUAUGAGGCCUCGUCGUACUACGACGAUUACUACCGUGGAGGCGGCAGUGGAUGUUAUGGCGACGGUGGCGAGUACUAUCUCGACUACGCUUCGAGUGCGACGGCGGCGGCCGCAGCUGCAGCAGCAGCAGCCGCCGCCGCCGCCGCUGCCUUUACCACCGGUCCCGGUCACCAUCAUCAUCACCAUCAUGCACCAUCGCAUCAUCACAGCCACAACUAUCAUCAUCACCAUCAUCACCAUAGUGCCGCUGCCGCUGCAGCCAUUGCCGCCGCGGGAGCACGCAACAGUAGCAGUGCGGUGGGUGCGCUCGGGCGCCGGCUGAAGCUAUUCUAG